AAUUACACCUCUGGUCACCUGAUCAGAUUCAUCUUUUGCAAAAGGACAAAUCGCAAGUCUCACUGUAAACCAAACCAGUCAGCUUAGCCAAUCACAAACUGCCUUCGUCACCUAUAAGAGUUGGGUGCGUCCGUCGACAGAAAGGAUACACACUGCAGAGCUUCAGGGAUGAUGCCACUUUGCGUUUUUGUUGUGCUUCUCAGUCAAAUCUGUCAGGUGCCAGCUGUUAACAAGACCUCAGGUAUAACUCAGGACAGUGGGCUCAAAACCGCUAAAGUUGGGGAGACUGUGACUUUGAAAUGCUUUUGUGGGGAUGAUGCUACAACUUUCCUCUCUUGGUACCAGCAAAGCUUGGGAGGCAAACCUCUCAUCAUAUCAAAUCGGCUGAAGUACAACACACAAGGGUCCAUCUCCCCAAUGUAUGAAGAGAGGUUUCGAGUCCUGGCACAAGGAGGUCAAGAAUGCAUCAACCAUCUCAUGAUCAAAGAUCUCCGCCUGUCGGAUUCAGCAACAUAUUACUGUGGAAUUUUAGAAUUCAACGCAAUUGAAUUUGGACAGGGAGCUUUCCUUCAUGUCAAAUCACAGUCCGAAAUCCACGCUGUCGUUCAUCAGCCGGCGUUGGAGCCACUUCGGCCAGGAGACUCUGUGAAUUUGAGCUGCACAGUGUACUCUGAACCGUGUGCGGGGGAGCAGAGCCUCUACUGGUUCAGACAUGGUGCGGCUCAGCCGGCAAUCGUGUACCACAGUGCGGGACAGUGCAAAAAUCUCUCCACUGAAGAGCCUCACAUGAGAAACUGCACUUCAAGCCUCGCUUUAAAGUCCGUGAGCCCUCCUGAUGCAGGGACGUACUACUGUGCUCUGGCCUCCUGCGGGGAGAUUGUGUUUGGAAGUGGAACGAGAGUGGAGAUUGUGGGAGGUUCUACUAAAGUCCCCCCUUUCCUGGUGUAUUGCCUGAUUGUGGCUUUGGCAGUAUCCAUUAUCGUGCUCCUUGUCUUGGCUUUCAUCAUGUACAAGUUGAAAAAAAAGUUAUGCUCUGACUGCAAAGGAACUGUUUCUCAUCUCGCAUGUCCUGCAUCUUCCGAUGUCAUGAGCCAAGAUGCAGACGGCCUCCAUUAUGCUGCUCUGAGUGUGAACAGAACCAGCGAACGUCAUACUCAAGAGGACAACGUGGAGAGCGUUUGUGUAUACUCUAGAGUAAAGACCAGGAAGUAGGACUUUGCCUUCUCAACAUAUUAUCUCACUUUCCUGUCAAUCACUUGCAAGACAACAACACUUCAUCUGACUUAAUGUACAAUAUAAAAUAAAAUAUUU